AUGGAGUCUGAGAACUCGAACACGUUCAAGCGGAGCUCGAUGCACCAAGCGUUAUAUAGUCGUCCAGUGGAACGGCGUGUCAGCAAGAAAUCUUCAUCUAGGGACCGGCAUGGAAUGGUCUAUCCCGACAGCUUCCGAGAAACUACCAUUCGAACUGUCACACCAGAGUCGCACUCUCCCGUCAAUCAUUCUCCUUUAUCCGAACCUGAGCACCUCGCGAGCGGCGGCCCAUCCUCACCUCGAAGCACUGUGCGAUCACGGCCCACCGAGCCCGAGCGUCGUCGGGAAUUCAACAUACACUCAUCUCACUCAGCUGGAGCCGGCGAAGAAGAGACCCCAAUUGAGGCAAAGAGCCAACGGGCGCGAUCGCGGACCACAGCGGCUGAGGAGCAACGCAACGAUAUCCACCCCAGCGCCUUCAAAAGUCGAACGCGAGUCGGAUCAAUCAAUACGGCCAGUCCAUCCCACCCAAAAGCGCUGGAAGAUCCGUCAUCUUCCAUCGGUUUCCCUUCUAUCGAGUCCCCGAAGUACAGCAGUCAAACUGUCCCUCGUCAUCGACUCAGCAGAGUUGUCGGUCCGGUAGUCUAUGGAGCGUCAAAUCACGAUUCAUUUGCCUCGCCCCUUUCGAGUGGGGAGGCCACAAAAAUCCUACAAUUGAUGAAAACCACCUGUGGUAGAAUGCAUGGAAUCCUGUCAUUUCGAACAGCCUCGACCACUUCCUGGACAUCCGGAUACUGCGCUAUUAACGUCGCCACUGGAAGUUUGAUUUAUCAAGCCAAGGGAGAGCCAGCGUUGGCUAAAACAUUGAUUCCCGAUUUGCGUGGUUGCCGUGUCCGGACAUUGUUCGACUCCGAGCUCCAGACAACCUAUUUGAGCGUCUACACAUUUACCUCUGGACUUGGGAUACAACUACGACCACACGUAAACGAGACUUUUGAUUCCUGGCUUGCCGCUCUACUUUGUUGGCAACCCAUUCGACCCAAGGGCGUUCAGAAUAAAAUGACAAAACCUCAAGAGGUUGUGAUUGGAGAUCGGCGUAUCCCCGAACGUCGACGGAAUUCGGAGAGUGCAGCACAAAAGGAUGCAACUAUCAUCAAAGUUGGCAAGAUGCUUCUAUGGGACAAGCCAUCUGCUUCCGGCGCAAUGCCAGCAUCUGGCCGUCGUGUGUCUACAUACAGACAGUCGAGGGCUCUUUCUUCAUCGUGGCAGAAAGUGGGCUGCACACUACAAGAGAAUGGCUUCUUCAAGCUCUACACAGAAUCCGAUGUGGCUCUCCUAGCAUGUGUGCAGCUCUCUCAGUUGUCUCGCUGCGCAAUUCAGCAGCUGAACUCCUCCGUCUUGGAUGAUGAGUUUUGCAUUGCCAUCUAUCCUCAAUAUACGGCGCAUCCAGUACCCGAUGCCAAUGUACGACCUAUAUACCUUGCGCUUGAAAGCCGCGUCCUCUUCGAGGUGUGGUUUGUGCUUCUCCGUGCCUUCACAAUCCCAGAGCUUUAUGGCCCUGCGUCUCAAGGAGAGGAACCCACCCUCACACCAGAGCCCGAGGUUACCGGGCAAAACUUGACCAAGGAUAUGUUCCGGAUCGAGCGGUUUUUGAGCUUGAAAAUUGUGGAGGCGAAGCUGUUUCGCGUUAAAGAGGAGGAGACUCCUCGAAGUCGAAAGGCGUCAAGAUCACAUGGCCAGCCUGCUCCAUCCUCCAGGGUCAGCGACUAUUACACAGAAGUUCUUCUAGAUGGGGAAAUACGUGGCAAGACGGCUGUCAAGUAUCGCACCGUGAAUCCUUUCUGGCGAGAAGAUUUCCUUUUCAACGACUUGCCGCCGGUUCUAUCUCAAGCCUCUAUCCUCGUCAAAACUCUCAACCCGACACAGAGAGAUUGGACACUUGUUGCCCAUGGAACAUAUGCAGCAAACCAAGACGCUGUGAAAGUGCUGGAUGAGAUUGAAAUUUCUGCAAACGACAUCAUCUUCGGACGAGUAGACCUACGACUUGAAGAACUGGACGCUGGCGUGGAUACCGAAAAAUGGUGGCCUAUCCUGGAUGAUCAAGACCAGCCGAUUGGUGAAAUGUUCAUGAGAGCACGGAUGGAGGAAACUGUUGUACUGAUGUCCGACGAGUACUCAGCGAUGUCAGAACUUCUCCAUUCCUUCACUAAUGGGCUCACAAUCAAUAUGGCACAAUUAAUGUCAUCAGAGCUGAACCAUUUAGCCGAGAUGCUUCUGAAUAUCUUCCAGGUUUCAGGCUCAACGGUGGAAUGGAUCUCAGCUCUGGUUGAAGAUGAAAUUGACGGUGUUCACAAAGAAUCCACCACCAACAGGUUGAGAUAUCCAACGAGGAUCCAUUCGAACAACUCAUCGGAAAGUGCUGGUCAAGAGCGCGAGGUCCUUGUCAGAGACAUGGGAAGAACGGCUACUGUGGAGGCUAAUCUACUAUUCCGUGGAAACUCGCUUUUGACUAAAGCUCUCGAUCUUCACAUGCGUCGUCUCGGCAAGCAGUAUCUGGAGGAAACCAUUGCAGAACGGCUACGCGAUAUUGAUGAGAGCGAUCCGGAAUGCGAAGUCGAUCCAGCCCGAGUUCCACGCCAUGAAGAUCUUGAACGUAACUGGCGAAACCUCACAGCGCUCACUACAGGCGUAUGGAAGUCCAUCGCGGGAUCUGCAUCGCGGUGUCCCGCAGAACUACGGCGUAUCUUCCGCCACGUCCGGGCCUGUGCAGAUGAUCGCUAUGGCGACUUCCUCCGGUCUGUGACGUACAGCAGUGUUUCCGGCUUCCUAUUCCUACGUUUCUUCUGCCCGGCUAUUCUGAAUCCGAAGCUUUUCGGACUCUUGAAAGAUCACCCUCGUCCCCGUGCACAGCGCACUUUGACCCUCAUCGCCAAAGCUCUGCAGGGUCUGGCCAAUAUGACAACCUUCGGCAAUAAAGAACCUUGGAUGGAGCCAAUGAAUAAAUUCCUCGUUGGCCAUCGCUCGGAGUUCAAAGAAUUCGUCGAUUCCGUUUGUGCUAUUCCCGCCGAUCGCCCAGUUCCUAUUGUCACACCUUCCUACACCACCCCUAUCCAAAUCCUUGGACGGUUGCCGCCCACAUCCCGUGAGGGAUUCCCUAGUCUUCCUUUCCUCAUUGAUCAUGCCCGUUCCUUUGCAAACUUGAUACGAGUUUGGCUUGAUGUAGCCCCAGAACGACUUGACGAAUUGACUGAGUUGGAUCCCAGCCUUGCCAAGUUCCAGAAAGAAGCCCUCCGUCUGCGUGGACGCACUGAGGAGUGUCUUAUCCGAGCUGAACAAGCCGAGCGACCAAGCGGAAAUCUUGAGAUCAAAUGGGAGGCAUUAGUGGAUUCAAUGGAGCGAGCAGUAACUUUCUACGACGAAAGCUCAAGUAAACCAGGCACACCAGCGGCGGAGACGUCAGGAUCCAGCACAGCACCGGUCUCAAGCAGUCAUCGCAACUCGAUUGGCUACUUUGGUUCGCGCCCUACAAUCCCUCGCCGCUCCACGGACCACGCUCCCGAUGCCGAGGAUGAUACGCCUCCCAGCUCGUCAUCCGCUAACUGGGACCAAAGCCGUGUCCCAUUUUCCAUCCCCCGUUGGUCUGAUGCACGCGACAGCACCGGAAGCUCCAAGAAUUCCUCGACUUACUCGCUUGAGUACGCGGACAACGUCAAGGCACGCAGGGCCAGCGUCACGAAAGAGUCCUCGAGCAAGUACCGCUUCUUCGACUUUGUGCCUCCUUCCCGACGCAAGGCCAAGGACCGUGAUCAAAACCAGUCGCACGAGGACCUACGCAAUGAAUCUUAA